AUGGAUGCUUUUAAAGGCUACAUAGCUACUCAGAAGAUCCAGCAUUCUCACGCCCCUUCCAACGAUUCUUCCAUCAACAGCAGCCACGAGAUGCACCCUUACGGUGUCCAUCGAAAUAUAAAUGCCGCACCUGCCGAUGACUACUAUACACCAUACCUCGGUCUUCGAGCGCGCCUAUCACAGACAUGGAUCAACAGAUGGACAAUUCUCUUACUACUUAUCAUCGUUCGGCUCCUUAUUUCUUUGGCUGGUAUCAAAGGAGAUAUCGCAUCAGCUAAAACCGAAGCGUUAUCAGCCUGUAGUAGUGUUGAGAAUGUCGGAAGUGCUAUGGCUUCUAUGCCCCAUUAUCUCUCUCAAGGUGUUAACAGUAUGGCCGCUGCUGGUAUUACAAAAGCUGUCAAUGGUAUGAUGCAAAUGCUUUACAUGAGUCUCACUGGUGUCGAAGAAAUCGUUCUCUUCGUCAUUCACAUGAUGACCUCAACAUACAUGUGUCUCAUCACCUUGGCUAUCACUGGUAGUCUUCAAGUCGCCAUACAAAUGAUCGAAGACGUUGGCGCUUUCGUGAACAAGUCUAUCAAUACUAUCACCGGUGACAUGUCUUCUGGACUCAAAUCAUUCGAAGAUGAUCUUAAUGGCUUCUUAUCGAAGAUCAAUAUCGGUGGUAUCUUUGGAAGCAGUACUUCACCGCCAAAACUCGACUUUAGUAGUGAGAUCAACAAACUCAAUUCCAUUCAAAUUGACCCUACGACUAUGGAUGCCGAUCUCGCCAAACUCAACGCAUCCCUUCCAACGUUCGAUCAAGUCCAAAACUUCACCGAUAACAUCAUCAAACUUCCGUUCGAAGAGGUAAAGAAACUCGUGAAUGAAUCAAUGAUCGCUUACAAGUUCGAUGAAUCAGUCUUCCCAGUUCCUCAAAAGAAAGCCUUGACAUUUUGUUCCGACAACAGCGCCAUUCAAGACUUUUUCGUCGGCCUUGUUAAAACCCUCGAUACCGCCAAGAAAAUUAUGCUCAUCGUCCUACUCGUCGCUGCUAUUCUCGUUUGUAUUCCCAUGGCCUACCGCGAAAUCUGGGGUUGGCGCAGCAUGCAAAGACGAGCCGCCUUACUCAGGAGUCGAAACUAUACUAAUGAGUUGGAUAUUCUCUAUCAAGCUCAUCGUCCCUAUACUUCACAAUUCGGUCUCAAACUUUCAAGGAGGUUCAAGAGCCAAAAGAAUCAAAUCUUGGCAAGAUGGUUCAUUGCAUAUGCUACAUCUAUCCCAGCACUUUUCGUUUUGGCACUCGGGUUGGCGGGUCUCUUUACCUGUCUCUGUCAAUACAUUAUCUUGAAAACCCUCGAAAAAGAAAUCCCGGCGCUCGCAGCCGAAGUCGGAGACUUUGCAGAACAUGUCGUCAAGGCUUUAAACAAUGCAUCGGAAUCAUGGGCUUUAGGGGCUAAUUCUGUCAUCAAUAAUACAAACACGGAAAUCAAUCAUAAUGUUUUUGGAUGGGUUAAUACGACAACAGGAGCUAUCAACGAAACCUUGAAUGUUUUCACUGAUGAGAUGACCAAUGCUCUCAAUGUUACAUUUGGUGGUACUAUCCUCUACAAACCUAUUAUGGGUGUCUUUGAAUGUUUGGUCGGACUCAAAAUUGCGGGCAUCGAAAAGGGUCUUACAUGGGUUAGCGACCACGCUCAUGUAGAAUUCCCCGAAUUCCAACCAGACGUCUUUUCACUCGGUGCAGCUGCCUCUCUCACAAAUUCAACGGCAGACGACAAUUUCCUCGCCAACCCUGCUACGAGCACCACAGAUGAAAUUACAGAGGCUGUGGUUAAGGUGGGAAAGAAAUUGGAAGCGGUUAUAAGACAAGAAGCUCUCAUUUCUACCUCACUUGUUAUUCUCUAUUUCACCAUCGUUCUCAUCGGGUUGAUCCGUGUGAUAAUUGGAAUGUGUGGAAGAGACAAAUCGCGCGCGGAAGGUGGCUCAACACCCAGUACACUUUAUCGCCGUGCCGAUGUCGAAGCUCGCAAUCAACGCCUGCCGGAGAUCUCACAGGAGAAAUUCGGUACCGGUGGAAACGAUGGUUGGCAUCAGGAACAUAUGAGGGCAGGUGGGGAUUCGAUAACGCGAAUGCCAUUUGGAGGAGGUGAUGGUGCUGCAGAUGAUCUUCCGUAUAAUGGUGCCCCGGCGCCAACAUACGAAGCAUCAAUUGCACCGACGGAGCGAUUGAGAGUAGUUCCUACAGGAAGAGUUAACACGAAUAGGGGACCAUGGGUUAGAGAUGCGAAGUCUCAAGAGUUAUGGGAGGCGGAUGAUAUGCAGAUGAGAGCGACGAGUAGUUAUGGACAUUUGGAAGGAGGAGACGAGAAAUCAUCCGGAUGGGGAGCCCCGCCGAGAAGAAUUUGA